CUCGCUUAAAUACCCAACUCCUGACCGCCGUUGAGACAGAACCGCAAGCGGAAACCGCCAGUUUCUUUCUUUCCUUCUUUUCUUUACGCACAAUCCAAGCCAUCGGGAAUAAACCAUGAUCAAGAAAAUGUCUCCCUCCGAGAGCGACUUCGACAUCCCCGCCAAGAACUGCUACCGGAUGGUGAUUCUGGGCUCCACCAAAGUUGGGAAAACGGCCAUCGUGUCCCGGUUCCUGAACGGCCGGUUCGAGGAGCAGUACACGCCGACCAUCGAGGACUUCCACAGGAAACUGUACAACAUCAAAGGGGACGUUUACCAACUGGACAUACUGGACACGUCGGGGAAUCACCCUUUCCCCGCGAUGAGGAGACUCUCCAUACUGACAGGUGACGUGUUCAUCCUCGUCUUCAGCUUGGACAACCGCGAGUCGUUCCAGGAGGUGCAGCGGCUCAAGAAGCAGAUCCACGAGACCAAGUCGUGCCUGAAGAACAAGAUCAAGGAGAACAUCGACGUGCCUCUGGUGAUCUGCGGGAACAAGGGCGACCGGGACUUCCACCGGGAGGUGCAGCGGGAGGAGAUCGAGCAGCUGGUGGCCGGCGACGACAAGUGCGCCUACUUCGAGAUCUCGGCCAAGCGCAACGAGAACGUGGACAAGAUGUUUCAGACGCUGUUCACUCUGGCCAAGCUGCCCCACGAGAUGAGCCCCGACCUGCACCGGAAGGUGUCCGUGCAGUACUGCGACAUGCUGCACAGGAAGUCGCUCAAGCACAAGAAGAUGAAGGACAUCGGGGAGGCGUACGGCGUGGUGACGCCGUGCGCGCGGCGGCCGAGCGUCCACAGCGACCUCAUGUACAUUAAGGAGAAGGCCGUCGGCGGCGGCCACGGCAAGGACAAAGAGAGGUGCGUGAUAAGCUAAGGGGGGAAGAGAGAGAGAGAGAGAGCACGAGGUGAAAACUCGCGCGAAAUAGACACACACAAAAAAAACAUCUUUUAGAAGAAGAAGGAGCCUGGCGCGUGCAGGGCGGCCGGCUGCCGCUCGGACGCAGAGCGGAGCUUUGAAGACGCCGCCGAUGCCGCUGAUGCUGUCGCCGCGCGCGCGUGCGCUCUCACGCGCAGCGCCGUUUCUAAAGGACGACCGAGUCCGCUUCUUCAAAAAACAAACAAACAAACAAACAAACAAACAAACACACACUGCCAACAAGACGUAUGAGAAUGUUAGCUUGUUCUGUCAGUCCGAGCCUCAUCUGUGACGUAGCUUCAUACCUUGUGAGACUCGCGCGCGCCGAUGCGCAAGUUUGUUGCUUUGUUGACGUUUCGCCUUUUGGAGAGAAAGAGAGACUGUUUACAUUUUACUGUAGCUUUUUACAAAGGCUAAGUACACUUGAAUGUUUACUCUAAAUCUGGAUUAUUUUUAUUGUUGAAUGUGUUAUUUAUUGUUGGUGUUAAUUUGUUUUUUCUUUUCUUUUUUGCAAUAAAGUAAAAAAAAAUGAA